AUCAAUUAUGUUCCUUUGUGCAUCUAGUAAAAGAAGAAAAUUUAGAUGGCAGUCCACUGGAUGAGAAAGUACCAAAAAUAGCGCCCUCAAGGUGGGAAACUGUUGAUGAAUCUGAAUUAGAAGCACAAGCUAUGACAACAUCCAAGUGGGACAUGUUAGAGCACAAAAAAGAGGAGGAUGAGAUAGAGCAAGAGGAAGAAAAACAAGAAUCAGAGCAUGAGGAGAAUGCAUGUGAAGAAGAGGAAGCUGAAGCUGAACCAGACAGUCCAGAUAGAGAAAAUAGUUCUAGUUCUUUAAAGAUGACUGAAAUGUCUGAAGGAAGAAGAGCUAAGCUUAGAGAAAUUGAGGUAAGUUUUAUUUUGUCGCAGUUGGAUUUGAGUUGUUUACUUAGCUGUUAA